UAAGUUACAUAGGUAAGUUCAACAUAAUUAAUUGUUGAUACAUUCAUCCUGUCGUUUUAUCUUCCAAUACCUAACAAAAAUAUUCACCAAGGUGAGGAAGAUAUUUGCUUUUUCUUGGCUGUGGAGUUACCCCUCAACUGUAUAAAAUCUGAACCAGUGUAACUUUGAUAAUCACAUCACUUUCUGAAUGAGUAAAUGUUCAAAUUACACCUAGUACUUAACAAAGCCUGGCAUUCACUCUAGAAAACAUGUCAAACCAAAGUUUAGUUGGAAACAAUAUCAAAGAAGAUGAAAAUCAUAGACUUGUUUCGAAACUAGAUGUAAAGCCAAGCGUCAAAGGUUUUCAGAGAAAUGUGAAGGAUUGGAGUACAAGUCAGGGCUCAAAAAGUGAUCGGAAUGUGAGUUUGAAAAGUGAUUUAAGGUCUAGACAUUCAGAAAUAAAUAGAAAGUCAGACGCUACAAAUAAGAGCAUUUCAGUUGCUUCAAAAUUUACAAGUGGGAUUCCUAAUAUUGAUAAUGAUAUAAGAUUAACUAAGUUGUAUCUUCAAACACAAGGAGCCCACAAUUCAUCAGUAUGGUCUCAUUUAACAAAUGUUUUGAAUAAACUAAUUUCGGAAAAACCUGAAAAUGUGAUUGACUAUUUUGAGGAAUACAGCAGAAAGGUAAAAGAAGAACAACUUUUGAACGUGGACUUGCUGAAGGAUAUUUAUGUUCCUCUACCACAUUUAGAAAAAGCUAAAAAUAAUAUUUCACUUUUAAAUUCGUAUGGAGUCAGAGAAGAUGAGGAAGAGCCAGGGGCCGAGGAGAUGGAAGAGAAAAAGCCUCCCACACAGACUGACUUGGAGGAAACAGCAUUUUACUUCCUUGAGGCUGGCAUAGCUAUUCCAAAUAUUCAGAUUUUCAAUAUUAAUAUUGCAUUGAAAAAACUUGCCGAAGAAAACAAUUUAGAAAAAUCAAGAUUUUGGGGACAAAUUUUUGGAACAGCUCAAGAUUAUUUUGUUUUGGAAUAUGAACUUUCUGAUGAAGAGUAUCAGAAGAGAAUUGAGCUAGAUGACUCAGAAGAUACAACUGAAACUGAGAGUAAAGACCAAGCCGAACAGGACAAUGAGGAUGACAAUGAAGACGAAACAGGAAAAGAAGACACUCUAAGAUCAAGCACUGUAGAUGAUGGAGGAGUAAAAGAAUCAGUAACCUCGGCAAUUGAAUCUCUUAGAAGUGCAGAAAAGCAAGAGAGUAUAGAUUCAAAACAUUACAUGCAGAAAAUAUAUAUCAAAGAGGAGAAAAGCGGAGAAUCUCUGGCCCAGGAGGGAUUAGAGGAGGAAGAAGACCCUCUCUUACCUCCACUACCACCCCCAAGAAAACUUCUAUCUUAUAAAAUCCCUCCCUUACUGCAGCCAGUGAUAAAAGAAACAAUCAAGAUACCAGCUGAAAGACUUGGAGAGGGAAUAAAUAAGAAAAUUUAUUACGUAUGCAACACACCAGAGCUUGAAUGGACAGAACUUCCAAAAGUUACUCCAGAACAAAUCAAUGUAGCUCAACAGAUCAAAGCAUAUUUCACAGGAAACCUAGAAUCAAAGAUAGUGACAUACCCAGCAUUCCCUGGACAAGAGAAGCACUAUUUACGAGCUCAGAUCGCUAGGAUAUCAGCUGCAACACAUGUUUCUCCUGUUGGCUUUUAUAAAUUUUCUGGGGGAGAAGAAGACGAGGAAGAAGAAGAAUUGGCUGAAGAGGAGGAAGAAGAAGGUAAUCAAAAAAAUAUUGAACAAAACAAGAAAUACCAGCCGAUACCAGUAAAGGAGCUUACCGACCCUAGUCUGACGUCCUGGGUUCAUCAUUCAAGAUAUAUUUUGAAGCAGGGACGAGUGGAUUGGUGGAGUACCAAAAAAACAAUUGUCGGAGAGGAAGAAGCAGAAGAGGAACAGGAGGAAGAAGAAGAUGAGGAUAAAGAAGGUGGAGAGGAGAAGGAGACAGGACCUGCGUUGCUAACACCACUAUCUGAGGACACACCAGUGGACAGUCUACCAGCGUGGACAGUGCGUAGGACACGUAGCUACAAUCCUAACAUGGCUGGGGCAGUGGUCAGGUCUACAAGGUGGCCCGGUGCAGCUGCUGUUGCUGUAGGAAAGAGGUGUGACAAUGUUUACUGUGGCUGGGGUCAUAAGCUGAAUCUGAGUGGAUUCUCUCCAGCAAGUCUUCCUCAUCCAGAGUACGAGUAUGAUCUAGGACCUGAAGUUCUGGAAAUACAGGACCCCACUGUUGAGGUUGAACAAGCUUGGAGAGAAGCACACAAAAAGAAACCUCCACCAAAAGAAGGAGAAGAAGAAGAGGAGGACGAAGAGGGGGAAGAAGAUGAGGAGGAAGAGGAAGAUGAAGACGAUUAAAUUGUUUAUAUUUAUGUCUUGAUCUGAAUAUAACUAAAUUGAAAUUUUAAAAGAAAAAUAUUACAUAAAAUUAAGAAAAAUCACUUCAGUGGUUCUCUAUACUAACUUUGUAUCCAAUGUUAUUUUAUUUGUGAUGACAAAAUAUCAAAUUUAAUUUUUAA